AUGAGUAAAACAAAUAUUAAUCAACACGAAACAAUAUUUUCUUGUUUUGUACGUGCUGGUACAUCGACACUUGCUCUUAAUUGUACUAAUAAUCGAUUGAUAGCAGCUGGACAACAAAAUUUUCAAUUAUUUUCUAUUGAAUCAAUUGAUAAUAUUGAACAAUUUAAAGAAAUUCAUGAUUUUCGUAAUGCACCACGACAACCAGCUAUAUCACGUUAUGCAUUUCAACCGAAAGACGUUAGUUGGAAUCCAAAUGAUGAAAAUUGUUUUGCUACAGUAAGUGGUACAAGUGGAUAUUUAUAUAUUUGGGAUGCAACACGAUUAAUUACUAUUGAUCAAUUAAAUAUUCAUAAUACAAUUAUUAAUCGUCUUCAAUUUCAUCCAAAACAUCCAAAUCUAUUAUUAACUGCAUCUCAAGAUGGAUAUGCAAAGUUAAUUGAUUUUCGAAUAAAUAAUGUUGAUAAAGUUAUAACAUCAUUUCGACAUUCAAGUAAAGAAGGAUUUCGUGAUAUUGAUAUCAAUAUAUCAAAUACACAUAAAUUUGCUUCUGUAAUAAAUGAUCAAUAUAGUGUACCAAUUUGGGAUAUUCGACAACCUACACAACCUGAUUUUUCUAUUGUUACACGAGAUAAAGUUUUAUGUAUUGCAUGGAAUCCUCAUGAACAUUUUUGGCUUGCUACAGGUGGUAUUGGUGGUCAUGAUCGGACAAUACGUAUUUGGGAUGGAAAAGGUAAUGAUAGUCGACAAGAACCAUUAUUUACGGUAUAUACAUUUGGUCAAGUGACUAAGCUUAGUUGGCGUCCAACAUGUCGCUAUCAUAUUGCAUGUUUUACACGUACAGCUGAUCCACGUAUUCAUGUAUGGGAUAUUCGACGACCUUAUUUACCACAAGCAUCAUUUUGUCAUCAUCGAAAUGAUAUUGAAGAUUUUCUAUGGCGACCUAAUUCUGAUAAUAUAAUAUCAGUUGGUCGUGAUGAACGUCUUAUUCAUGCUCAUAUAUCAAGUGCAGUUCAAAGUGAACAAAUUGUUUCAAUUUUUUCUUUAAAUGUUACAUCAAAAGGUUCUAUAUAUAUUUCAAUGCCAAAUAUUGAUAAUGAUUAUGUACGUUCAUUAUAUAAUGAACAACAUAUUCCAUUAUCAUCAUCAAAUCUACGAAUAUUAUAUUCUCAAGAAACAUUAUCAACAUUUUUAAAAUGGGAUAAAAUUAUUAAAGGAGAAAGUAUUCUUGGUAUCUAUUCAAAUACUUUACAUGAUAAUUCAAUUCAAUUAUUUCAUCAAUUUGCUCGACGAUGGAUAUUUGGUAAUGGUGAUAAAUCAUUAAUAGCAUUAGCAAAUAUUUGUGAUAUUAAUAGUACAGUUUCUGAAGAUUUAAAUCGACCAGAUUUAAAAGCAACAUGGCAAGUUAUUAAAAUGUUAUAUGUUGAUUAUGAUGCUUUACAAAAUUAUCGAACAUAUUCAUCAAAAACUUCACAAUCAAUAACUAUUAGUCAUCAUAUUAGUGAUUCCAUAAGUAAUCAUCGUUAUCAUUAUCAUCAACCUGGAAGAAAAUUAACCAUUAUUGAUAAACAACGACAAGAUAAUAGAUCAUAUGAUGAAUUAACUGAUGAAAAAAGAAUUCAAUUACAAGAACAAAGAAUUUUAACUAAUUCCAAAUUAGAAAUGAUUGACGAUACAGAGACAUACAUUGUUCGAGAUGUGCUCACGGAUGAUAUCAUCUUUAUCACACCUGAGGAUGUAUUAAAUUAUGGUAAUACUAAUGAUAUGUCAUACGAUAAUGAUAUCGAUCUUGGAUUAAGACGAGAUUCAUUAUCUAUACCACUCAUAUUCAAUGAACCAUUACCAUUAACAAAUACAGAUGGAGAUUGUAAUAAGUUUUCAUUGAAUCGUAUAACUCGUCAAUUGACUGAAGUAAUCAUACUUGAUGAUGAUGAUGAAAUGAGACAUGAAAAUGAAUAUGAUAGUACUACUGGUAACAUGCAAACAUCUAUACAUUCAACUAUACCUGAUGAUUCCGAAAAUUUUUUUACAAUUGAUGAAAGUUAUUGUCCUACAAUACAAAAACAUUCAUUAAAUUUUGAUGAUGUUAUUCGACAAACACUUUGGUAUUAUAUAGAAAAUAAUGAACUUCAAGUAGCCGUUCAUCUUCUCUUAGCAUUGUAUCCACAACUAAAUGAACGUAAACGUAUUGAAUUAUUCAAUGGAGCACAUUUACAAUGGCUUGUUAUGUAUAUUGAAUUAUUACAAAAAAUGCGUUUAUUUGUGAAAGCUAAACAAGUAACAAAACAUUGUAUAGAAAAUGAAGGAAUUCCUCUUAGUUAUAAUCCAAGUGAAUUUGAUGGAAGUAUUAUUUUUGCUGUACAAACUCCAACAUUGAAACGUUUUUCAGCAAUUACUUCUCCUACAAUAUCUUCUACUAGCAAAAAUUCUCCGUCUAUAGUUAAAGAAUUUAUGUGUUCUAUUUGUCGAAUACCAUGUCGUGGCCUAUUUUCAUUUUGUGGUGUUUGUUCUCAUGGUGGUCAUAUUGAUCAUAUUCAAACAUGGUUUAAAAUACAUGAUGAAUGUCCAUAUGGUUGUGGUCAUCAAUGUCAAUAUUUUGAUAAUCAAAAUUGUCGUAGUUUUGUACCUUAA